CGAGGGAGUUAACGGCGCGGGGAAAGUCGCCUCUCCUCCGCCCCUGCCCGCCGCCGCCGCCUGGCAACCGGGGGGGAGCCGCGCAUGUAGGGCCGCCGGGGGCUGCCGCCGCCGUCCCCGUCCCCCCCCGCCCCGGAGCAAGGCGUUUAACGUGCCCAGGCGUGAAGUAUGGCAUGCAAAGAUGGUUUCUGCCAAGGAGCCAGCUAUCGCCAUGUCCUCGGGUCUCUCCAUCGCCCUCCUGCACUGCCUGUGCCUGGCGACGUGUCUCAGCGGGCCGCCGGGACAGAGCAAAAAAGAGGAGAAAUUGUGGCCGGAGAAUUUCACCAGCAUCCUGAACAGCCUCCUGGAUGGCUAUGACAACCGGCUGCGCCCGGGAUUCGGGGGUCCUGUUACAGAAGUCAAAACAGAUAUAUAUGUCACCAGUUUUGGACCUGUUUCUGAUGUGGAAAUGGAGUAUACAAUGGAUGUCUUCUUCCGUCAAACAUGGGUAGACAAAAGAUUAAAAUACGAUGGCCCUAUUGAAAUUUUAAGACUUAACAACUUGAUGGUUUCGAAGGUGUGGACUCCUGACACUUUCUUCAGGAACGGGAAAAAGUCUGUUGCACAUAAUAUGACAGCCCCAAAUAAACUCUUCAGAAUAAUGAGAAAUGGCACCAUCCUGUACACAAUGAGGCUUACAAUAAGUGCAGAGUGUCCCAUGAGAUUAGUGGAUUUUCCCAUGGAUGGUCAUGCUUGUCCUCUCAAAUUUGGGAGUUAUGCAUAUCCAAAGAGUGAAAUGAUUUAUACCUGGACAAAAGGACCUGAGAAGUCAGUGGAAGUUCCUGAGGAGUCUUCCAGUUUAGUUCAGUAUGACCUGCUUGGGCAUACGGUAUCCACUGAAACCAUUAAAUCUAUUACAGGUGAAUAUAUUGUUAUGACAGUUUACUUCCACCUCAGACGGAAAAUGGGUUAUUUUAUGAUUCAGACAUAUAUCCCAUGCAUUAUGACCGUCAUCCUUUCUCAAGUUUCAUUUUGGAUAAAUAAGGAAUCUGUUCCAGCUAGAACUGUGUUUGGAAUAACCACAGUGUUGACAAUGACGACACUGAGCAUCAGUGCAAGACACUCACUGCCAAAAGUAUCCUAUGCUACUGCCAUGGACUGGUUCAUAGCGGUCUGCUUUGCCUUUGUGUUUUCUGCUCUUAUUGAGUUUGCUGCUGUCAACUAUUUUACUAAUAUUCAAAUGGAAAGAGCCAAAAGGAAGACAGUAAAAUCCCUCCUUGAAUUUCCAGUUGCUCCUAUACAAAGAGAAAAAAGUACAGAAGAGACAGUCACGAGUACAGAUGCCAAUUCAAAUGUGAGGAAAAGAACGAAUGCCACAGUACAGUCAGAAGCUGAUGGUGGGAGCCGAAUUGACACAAGGCACAGCUCUAUCCAGACUCCCUCAGUAGCUCAGGGGUCUUCUGACAUUACACCCCACUCUCUUUCUGCAUCAAGUCCCAACCCUUUUACACGCAUCAAUGCAUCAGAGACAUUAUCUUCUGCAAGAGCUACCCCUCCAGCUCCUCCUUCUACCCCAAUUUUAACUGGAUUUGUAUCCCAGCAUGCCACAGCUGGAUCCCCUUCCAUUCAGCACUUGCUUGGAUCUAGACUGGAGCAGAUUCAGACCACCACACCUAAUACAUUAGGAGCAUCUGCAAAACCAUCGGCUGUCACACCACCUGCUCCCCCCGCCUCCCACUCUGGCACUAGUAAGAUAGACAAAUAUGCACGCAUUUUAUUUCCUGUUACCUUUGGAGCAUUUAACAUGGUCUACUGGGUGGUGUAUCUAUCCAAGGAUACCAUGGAAAAAUCAGAAAGUCUAAUGUAGUUUUGCUGCUAUGUAGUAGUUCCUAAAUUAUACUCACAUUUGAUGCAGAGUUUCUUCUUUUGAAACUAUUUAAAAAAAGAAGUCAAUAAUUCUUAUUUAUAAAAGCUGUGUGCUACUUUCCCGUUGUAAAGGCUGGAGUUAUUGGGGAUAAUUAGUUAAGUCUUUCCAGAGUAAUAGGUAACAGAAUUGUCUUCCUCCCUUCAGCUAGCAGUGAACCAUCACUCUCUUCAGACAGACUGCUUGCCUUUGGGAGGAACAUGCAGAGGGAAAAAAAUCAGACAGAGGUGCACAACUGUGCAGUGGAACACAUCUUGACUGCUAGGAAUUAUGCAUGCUGAUUACCACAAAUCCCUGAGGCACUUAGCACCGCUGUCUGGACGCAGCAUUGCAUUCUUUGAGUGCAAGGCCUAUGUCCUGAAUAUUUUGACAGUACUUGCUAGAAAAGGACUUUCCCUGCUAGAUUAAAAUUGGCAGAAUGGGGGAAAAAUGAGCAGUGGAACAAGAAAACGGAGUCCAGCCUGGGAGAGUGCAACUCCAGAAAAGUUAUGCAAAGGAGUUGUAGAGCUCCAUAUAUUUUUACUAAGCAUUAUUUUGCAUUGCAACCUGGGAAAUUCUCACUUAAAAUAGGAAUGAGUGAACCUUAUAAAAUCUGAAAUCUGAUGUAAUUCUCAAAAUUUGAGUUUUUUGUUUGGUAAGGUGAUCUUAAAUGUGAUUCUUCUUAAACUUUGCUGACCAGCUUGAGUGGAUUUAUUCCUAAAUUACAUCUGUUGAGGUAGAAGGCAACCAGGCCCACAGUGUUCAACUGUUUGAAUUUUGUUCUUUCCUUUGGAUGCUUUUGGGUUUGUUGUUUUUUGUUUAUUUAUUUUCCAUAUUUUUCAGUCACACUCCUCUGAUUUCCUUUGAAUACAUAUUUCUUCCCCCUCUUUUAUAUAAUGUUUGUUUCAAGUUAAAUUUUCAACAAAUUUUGAAGUAGCUUCAGAAUCGAGUAAAACACAUUUUCCAGCGCUUUGAUGAGCGUGGCUAUGGCACAUCUUUGAGUGAACACAAGACACCCUUUUCUGAAGGAAUGCUGUGACAUAAAUAGGAAAAGAAUGCUUCUAGGCGAAGCAGGGUGGAACACAAGGUAUAUUUAUGGUCAAUUCAUUUCUCUUAUGCUAUGGUAUAGAUAGGUGCUUUCUUUAGUGGCUCAAUAUGCAAGCAGGCAAUUACCUGUCUUUAUUAAAACAACAACAAAUAUGUGAAUGGUUUAAGCAUGAUAAAAAUGUUAUCUGCAUUGUUCUUUUCACCAGAGCGGGUAGAAGAUAUGCUGGCAAUAAAUCUAAACAUGUUUGCACAGAUCCAUCUGGCUAGGCAAAUGGCUACUGUUUCUGUGCAGGCGACAAAUGAAAAAUCAAAUUCUCAGCUGUGAUCUCACCGUGCCUUUAAGGGGUCGGGAAGCAGCUGAUUCUCCUUCAAGUGGGCUAAUUCUUAUCUUCAGUUAAUUUGUGUAGCAGAUUGAUAGCCCAUUGUCAAAGUUUUAUGCUGGGGGGCAGAUAAGGUGAGUGUUGUGGGGUUCUCUGCCCAAGUAGUGGUCAAGUGACUGAGAGACUGAUGGAAAUCACAAACAUCUAUGAUGAUUGAGAUCACGCGUGAGACUGCCCUAGACUGAGUUGGGACAAGAAUCAGUGUACAGUGACCAUAUCUCUGUGCCUCGUUCUAUCUGUCCAAAUUUUAUAGCUAUUUCAUAUCUGUGAAUCUGACCUGCCAGCUUACAGGACCUGGGAUAAUGCAAGAAAUGUGUCUUACAGUAUGUAGUAUGGAUCCCAGUUUACUACUUCAUGUAUAGCAUUAGAAUGUGUAUGACAGGAUGUACAGGAUUUGGGAUGUCUUACAUGACUUUAUUAAGAUGUAAUAAUAUAAACAGUUAUCUUAAUCUUUUUUGUUUAGUUAAGUGAUAUUCUCAAGAGGCUAGGCACGGUCCUUUCCAACAACACUCCUUGGAAAACCAUUACACGUGCCAUAGCACAGAAACAGAAAUGGAGCACCCGUGCAGGUUGUCUAGCUGCAGUAGUUUGCAUCUUUGGAGGUAUCACUAGGACCUGUGACUGUUUCUUCCCUAAUUUAGUCUCAUUAUUACAGAUUGUCAGAAUAGAAGAUACUCUACAAGAUAUGGUUUGUUUAUUUUGUGAAGAAGAAACAAAAUUAAUCCUUUGCCAAUUGCUGAUCAUAACUGCACAAGAGAUAUAUUUUUCCUACUAUAAAGAACAAUGGCUUUGUAUGUGUUGGGAACCUAGUGUUUGCUCCAGAAGUUACUGAAGUUAUUCUUUGCUUUUCUCUCUGAUGAAUAACAAGGAUGUUUUCUCUCAGACAGAGCUUUAAACGAUUCACGAGAAAUAGCUGUCUCUUCUUUUCCACCCACCCCCUAUACUGCUCAUAUAAUCAGCUUUUUCGGUGCAUUGUUCAGUAGGAUCAACACUGGUUCAGCCUAUUUGACCAAGGUCAAUCUAAAUGUGCUACUUGAAUUCAUUUGUAUGUCCUGCUUCAUAUUGAAGACUUAUAAGGAGGAGAAAAGGAUUGCAGAAAUUAAUAGAAUUCCAGUUAUUAAUUUCUAUGCUUCCAUGUUAGAAAUUUUUAAUCAUAUCUCAGAACAAUGUUUUUAAUCUGUCAAUAUAUUUCUGAAUUACCUUCCAACACUUGCAUGUUAAUAUUCAAAAUGAGAUAUAAAAAUUUUCAUCGAGUCUAGGACUAAUUUAUUGUACUGUGCUACGUUAUUGUGUUCCUGUGUAUGAAGAAAUUAUCAUAACUAGCUGUCUGAAGUACAUAAGGACAAUGUAGAUAGGAGGUUAUUGUUAAAAGUGUUUUUCCAUCAUAUUUAAUCUCCUUUUGGAGUGAUCAGAAACAGUAAACAGCCUGCAGUAUACUCAGAAAUACUGUCUGGUUCUGAAUACUGUGUAAUUUAGAAGCAC